UCAGCCCCUGCUUUGGAACCCUAAAACAGGGCACGGCCUCGCACAUGCGCCUGCCCAACUGAGAGAAUGCAAAUCUGACUAACACGCAUCGGCGCAGUCACUGUUGUUGCUGUUGUGGUGGUGGUGAUUGCGAGGAUCUCGCAGGCAGGGAGCGAGCGAGGGAGGGAUUGGCACCGGCGGGUUGGAAGCAGUGCAGGAGGAAGUGAGUGAGUGAGUGCGAUGGCGACAGGAAAAUGCAACUGAAUCAAUCCGUUAUGGUUUCGUUGCGUGGGACGUGAAAACGUGGAAAGCUCAUGUUACGUCAGUGGAGUGGCAACGUGCAAGCAGGUCGCAGGACUUGGUGCGGAGGAGGAGGAGGAGGAGGAGGAGGAGAGAAAGAGAGAAGGACGAGUGAGUGAGUUAGUGAGUGAGUAAGUAAGCACGAGGUGAAAUUGUGUCGAGGGGGAGAAAGUGAAUAUAAAGUGGAAGCAUCAGUACUGUAGAAUUAGUUGCAUGUACUCUGCAGAAGGGCUAGGGUUUGAUUGUCAUAUGUGGCCAUGGGCCUGGACUGAGCAGAGAGCUUGGACGGGGGAAGGGGGGAUGUGGACUCAUCGCUGGGAGUCGGAAGCGAUGAGCCAGCUUGUUGCCGUGGUCUUCGUCUCGCAGUCGUGGAGCCGUGGAGCCAAGUGGAGCCGAAAUUCUCAAUUGCAUUCUCUGAGGCCAAUCAUGAAGGGAGUUCGGUGUGCACCAGUGUGGUUACUGUUCUCAGUGUUGAUGUUACGAGCUCUGCACGUGGAUGCGUCAAUUCACACUUACAAGAAUGGCAAGUUUGCGGCAGAGAGCAAUGCAUUCAUCUAUUGGGGUGGAAAUGAGGGUCUUUAUGCCUCAUCUAACCACGUGCAAGGGCAGGGUGCUGCCAACGGGAGAUCAUUCAUUUCAUUUGAGUCUGUCACUUUCACACGAACUGAGGAAGCUGCGAAAAUGCACGAACCGGGAACCACCAAUUCUCAGGUAGAAGCUAUUGUAGUGGAGGUUAAAGACAAAAACAAAAUUGGUGACCAUGCUUUUCCUGGGAAGUUAGCUCUGUGUUGCACUGCAGAUCUUGCGAGAAGUACGGGAUGUAAGGAAGGUAGCGCUAUAAUAGAACCCGAUGCUCAAAACUGGCCUUUGUCGAUUGUGACCCGAUUUACAGGUCAACAUCUCACUGCAUCCAUGAUCCACCAGAAGAUUAACAUAACGAAAACCGGAAUGUACACGCUAAUUUUCGUCGCCUGUGAACGUGAAUUGGAAGGGCUGACUGUAGAAGGAAAAACUGUCUGGAAGAACCCUACGGGUUACUUGCCGGGACGAAUGUCGCCCUUCAUGACUUUUUAUUCAUUUAUGGCUCUUGCUUAUGGGUUAUUGGGUGCGUUCUGGUUUUUCCAGUACAUGCGAAACUGGAAGGAUAUACUUCAGCUUCAGAACUGUAUCAGUGCAGUGAUUGCUUUGGGGAUGUCUGAGAUGGCCCUUUGGUACUUUGACUAUCUCAAUUUCAACAUGACCGGAUCAAGACCAAUGGGAAUCACGAUGUGGGCAGUCACGGUAGGGGCUGUGAAGAAAACCGUCUCCAGGCUAUUGAUUCUGGUUGUUUCCAUGGGAUUUGGCGUGGUGCGCCCUACUCUAGGGGGACUUACCUCAAAAGUUCUCCUUCUGGGAGGGACUUAUUUUUUGGCCGCAGAGUCCUUGGACGUAGUUGAGAACGUCAAUACAAUCAAUGAUCCCCCUGGAAAAGAACGAUUAUUUUUGGUCUUGCCAGUUGCCAUGCUUGAUGCGUUGUUCAUCUUGUGGACAUUCACCUCUUUGUCUCGAACUCUGGAGAAGUUGCAAGCUCGAAGAAGAUUUGCAAAGCUUGAGCUUUACAGGAAGUUUACAAAUUCUCUUGCAAUGGCAGUUGUAGUUUCUGUGGCAUGGAUUGGGUAUGAGCUUUACUUCAAAGCAACUGAUCCAUUCGGUGAGCGAUGGCAGAGCUUCUGGGUCAUUCCAGCUUUCUGGUAUGUGCUUGCAUUUAUUCUUCUUAUCGUAAUCUGUGUUUUGUGGGCUCCGUCACAAAACUCUACACGUUAUGCCUAUUCUGAAGAAGUUGGGGAGGAUUUGGACGAAGAGGAGGUUGCACUUACAGCAAGCACGACGGCAACUAAACCAUCUCUGAUUGUAGAGAUUGAGAAAAGUGGUGUUAAACCUGAUUCGAAGGAACGGAAGUCAGUCAACACUGAUGUGUUUAGUCUGGAUGAUGAUUUAGAAGAAGACAAACGAGAUUAGUUUAAUAUAUGAAUACCCUGCCUUUCUGCGAUUUCAGAGGCUCCAAACUACUGCUUAACCUUGAAGUCAGAUUGAAUAGUUUUGAGUAAGGUUUUAGGUUUCUACGAAUGAACAAUGGUAGAUUUUUUGUCUAGUUCUGUGGCUAGUGCGCAUGGAAGUUUUCUGUAGCUAGUUUAAGAUGUCGAAAUUAUCUGUUGCGUAUUUAAUUGUGUCUCUGUCUUAGAUGGCUACAUUGAACAGUGGCCUGCAUGCAUGUAAAAAGGAUUUCAGAUCAUGAUGGUCCAGAUGAAGUGUAUUAUACCACUAAAUUAGUAACCCUUAAAUCGUUUGCAUGUUCUCUUUCA